UAUCUAAUACGCAACCAUACGUCAGUCAAAACAUUGUGGUCACUAAUGUCAGGAAAUGCUAGGAGGACAGGAAGGUUUCUUCUCAAUAGAAAUUGAAAAUAUCCGAUUGAAGAGUUCGCAGUAAGCUCCACCACAAGAAGCAAAGCUUCAUACAGAAAAGGCUUUUCAGGCUAAAGAGGGUCUGUGACUUCAGAAUGCCUCUGUUCUAUAAGAAGAAAAAGCCAAGCGAGGAUUCCAAGAAACGACUAGAGUAUCAGCUGUGUCUGUCUAAAGAGGCUGGAGCAGAUGAUAUACUGGACAUUUCAAGCUGUGAGCUUUCUGAGGUGCCCUCCAGUGCCUUCUCCAUCUGCAAGGUGCUCCAGAAAAAGGUGUUCAUUCUCCAUGGAAACGAGCUGAGGUCACUGUUACCCAAAGGUUGCAGCAUCAGUGCCCUAGCAACUAUAAAGGUAUUGGACCUGCAUGAAAACAAGCUCACCUCACUACCAGAUGAUAUUGGGCAGCUGUCUGCCCUGCAGGUAUUGAAUGCAGAAAAUAACCAAAUCAAGACGCUUCCAGAGUCUAUAGGCGAUCUUCGGAAUCUGCAGACUCUUAAUGUAAAAGGGAACUGCCUGAGUGAGCUGCCCUUGUCUGUGGGGUGCAUGAGCAGUCUACGCACGCUGGACUUGAGUGAGAACAACAUCAGAGAGCUGCCCAAAGAACUGGCCAAUGUCCGCACACUGGAGAGCCUGACUCUGGAUGCAUGUAUUAUGAACUACCCACCUGCCUCAGUCUGUACAGUGGGCACAGAAGAGAUCCAGCGCUACCUGUGCUCAGAGUUGGGUGUGGAGUACUGUCCUCCCUCUCAGUACCUGCUGCCUGUACUGGAGAACGAUGGCAGCAAGCAGAAUGUUGACUGUGUGGAUGGCGAGGAUGUAGCCUGGCAGAGCAAAUUCAUGGAUUAUGAGAAGAGAAAGGAGCAGAAGCAGUUGGAGAAGCUGAACUUUGAGAAAGAACUGGAAGAAAAGCAGAGAGAACAAGCGCAGCUCCUCGUCCUCAGCAACUCCCGCAAAGAGGGCAUGCUGCUGUCCGUCAAACUGGAGCAGGAGCGUUUGGAGAAGGACAUGUGUCAGCAGCAGAAAGCCCAGGAGGCUGAGAGGCAGAGGGUGCUGGAGAAAGUCCGGCAGGCGGAGACCAGCCUAGCUACCCGCAUUGCCAACCUGCUGCUGGACAACAAACGCCAAGCAAAGAGUGCUGAGUUUCUGCAGGCUCUGGAAGAAGACCAAAUUCGCAUGGAACACCUUACUGCCAUCACACAGGAAGAAGCAAACUCUCUGAGGAAGAGAGAAGUAGCAGUUGCCAUGCAGACCAUGUUGUCUGAGAGCUACUCAAUGAGGUUGCUCCAGGAGGCUAGUGAGACCAGGAGGCAGAGCAUGCUGUCUGAAGCCUGCAAAAGCAUGGAGACCUUGGACAAGAGGUUUGAGCAUGUGCUGGCCCUGCAGCAGCUAGAUAAAAGCAAAGCCAUUAGCCAGAUCCUUCAGGAGGAGGAGAUGCAGAAGGCAGCCUUUGAAGCCCUGCAGCUCCAAAAAGACAGUGUGCAUGGCUACAUCCGCAAUCAGAUUAAGCUAAUUGAGGCAGAAUUAAUGCAGCUGACAAAGCUGGAGGUUAAAAGGAGGAAUCUGGAUUCAGAGAACAUGCAGGAAGUGUUGGCGGAGCAGAGGACAGCUCUGACAGACAUGCUGCAGCAGUUGCUGAAGCAGAAGGACCAGAGAGAGAUGGAGCUUAAGCAGAACUUGAUGGAGAUGGAGCUCAAGAGUGACUCCACUCAGCAGAAUUACUGGAUGAUCCAGUAUCAAAGGCUGUUGGAUGCAAAGCCGCUGUCUCUACGAAUGCAGGAAGCUGGUGUGGAUAAAGAUCUAGUCAGUUUGUUGUGUAAACUGUCUGCCCAGCACUACCUGCCAGUCAUAGCUCAUCAUCGAAUCACAGCAGAGGCUCUACGUCACAUGACCACCCAAGACCUCAGCAAGCUGGGGAUCAGUGAAGUGGGUGUGCAAAAAUCUCUCCUCCACUGGGCUAGAGAACAGCCAAGUUCUUCUAAGAAACUCCAGGAGGAACCAGAAGCUGGUCCACUUUUACCCAGUGCCCCCCUGCAACAGCAGCUGACCCCACCACUGACCCCUAGCACCCCCCUAACGCCUCAAACCCCUCUUACGCCUACAGCUCCCAGCCCUGUGGAUGGACCUGGGAGCUCUGAGUGUGUAGUGUGCAUGGAGGCUGGGUGUCAAAUGGUCUUCCUGCCCUGUGGACACGUGUGCUGUUGCCAGGUGUGCAGCGAUGCCCUGCAUUCAUGCCCGCUGUGCCGCAGCACCAUCUCUCAGCGCAUCCGCCUUUACCACGGAUAAACCCGGCAACCUUCCAAACUGCAUCCUGAUCCGGUCUGACCAUUCACGCACUCGGGUCAUUCCUACAACUCGUCCAGUUUCACUCUACCUGCAUGAAGUGGUAGGCUGCGAUUCGUCUGUCGUUUAAAAUGCUGUACAAUUCAUUCACUGCUGCACUUUCACACCUCAACUGGCCAAUAAAACGGGAGUAUUUCUUGCAGCAAAACUAGAUGCUACUAGACAGUGACCUCAUUUAACCUUUAUAUCUUAUUAUGUAAAAUACCAGAAACUGUAAGAUUGUGCUGUGCUGUCCUGUACUUAGAGUGAUAUAAAAGAGAAGGGAAGUACUUAAAGAUUACUUGGUUCUGGUUCCAAUGUUAUGUACUUGCACUAUUUUAAGUAUUUGUGCCUUUUUUGUGUCUUAUGUCUGUUCUAACCAAAUCAUGACUGUUACAACACAACACUCAUCUACUUAAAAAAAAAAACAAAAGAAUGCUUAAAAACAUGACUUUCCAAUCUUGACAUGCUUGGGUGACUUAAGGUCAGCAGUUUUUUUCUGUCUGUGCCUUAAAAUGGUUUCCACUGCAAAUUACCAAUGACCUGACUACAGGAAUAUUCUUGCUUUUUUCUAUCUAAGUAAUCUCUGUCUGCCAUCUGUACAACGUACAGUUGAUUACCACGGACAGUAAAUCGGAUGUUUCCUAGAAAACUCAGUGACUCAAAAAGCUCUUACAGUAGAAAACAAGUGGCCAUUAUACUUGUUUUUUGGCAUCUAGUAUUUGUGUGCCCUUGGGAAAUGUGUUCAAAAUAUUGUCUGUGGUAAUCAAAAGUAUCUUGCAGAUGCAGCAGAUAGAUGUUCGUUUGAAAAACAGAGUAAACACCAUUCCUAGAUUGUAUUCCAACCUAAAAGCCCAUAGACCAGUAGAUUUCAAUUCCAGUUCUGGAGGGCUGGUUUCUAACGGGUGUCUUGGCGAUUUCCCUGCUUAAGCCCAUCUCUUUAUUGUCAGGUUUAGUAGGUGUGCCAGAGCAGUGCCGUCACCAAACUGUGCUGGACACUGGCCUGCCAGGGCCAGAAGUGUGUACCCCUGCCAUAGGCCACUGAAGUGUUUGCUGUAUUCCCAUUAAGUGAGUGCUUUCAUACCGGUAGUUGUGUUUGUCAUCAAGGUGUUGCAUUUCACCUUUAUGUUAUAUAUGUAGUUUCAUUUCACUCAUUGCAUCACCUUCCAGCCAUAUAUACCUGUCAAGCUGUACAUAAACAAUCACUUGCCUUGCCUCAAUGUCAAAACAGCCUUCAUGUUCAUAGAAAUAUUCACCCCAAAAUAUAAAACAUUUUCACAUAUUACCCGACAUCACCAAGUCAAACCUCGUCAAAGUUAUUGCCAAAAAGUAAACUCAAAGACAAAAUUGUGUUGAUAUAAUGAAUUUUAUUCAUGUAGAAAUGAUGUAUAAAUAUAAAUCACAUAAAUUCAACACAUGACUUUUCAGUGGAUGUUCUGUCAGUUUUUGUUCUUUCGAUGAAAACCACUUCUGAGGUCCACUCCCAUCAUUUUUGAUCCCUCUAAGACCUUUUACCUUUCUCGAUUUAUACAAUGAUUUAUGUUUCUUUACAUUUAGGCCAGACAGUUUGAUUAUAGCCAAAACCUGAAACCUUGCCACAGCAUUUCAAUUCAAAUUGGUUGCUGUCACUAGCCACUAGCUAAAGAAGUCCUUACCAACUUCUGUCCACUUAAGUGCUCUUAUACCUAAGCAUGCUUUGAACUGUGACUCAUAUAGAAAGCAAAGAAAAUGUCAUUUAGAACUAAAUGUAUGUGAAGGAUCUGAAUGAUCUAGCUAAUAAAAUAUAAAUAACUAAAUAUGUGUUUGCAUGUUAAAAAAACCUGUUUAAAACCUGUUUAUAGUAUAAAUGUCUGUCAUUUCAGUCUGUUUUUUUUGUGCUCUGUUUAAUAAUGCGAUCCAGCUACUAAACAAAUCCGGUUUCCUUACGGCACUUACAUCUCUGUACAUUGCUCUCGUUUUUUUAACUGAAUGUUAAGCGUACAACACUAUAUUAAAACGAGGAAAGGUUCCCUCGAUCAGUUUCACUAUGCUGUACAAUCUUUCAUGCAUAUUAACUUACUUAUGUAGAAAAUGUGCUGAAACCAAAUAGUCCACAGUUUAAACUUAUACAUCAUAUUCUGGCUAAAAGUAUGACUGAGUAGGUCAUUGGUAUUUGUUAAUAUUAAAGUAUUGCCUCUAUUCUACCCAUCUCCAGUGCUUGAUAUAAUAUCUAUUGUUAGGCUCUCUUUAAAUGACAUUAAGCUGUGUAUGUUUACCUUACAUGUGAAGCCCUGUCAUUUUGUCUUGUGUUUUCCAUCAUCAUACACUGCAUCUCUGUAUGGAUUGUGGAAAGAUUGUGACUUUUUGUAUCUCCUGUGGUAGAAAUCUACCAUAGGUUUUUAUGUCAUUUUAUUUUAUGUCUGGAGUUUGUCAAAUUUUAAUGUUAGUACAUUAUUAGUGUGAUAUUAGGAAUCUUCAAAAUAAACUUGCUUGACAGCCCCCAA